AAAGCGGUAGAGUACGUAGAAAACUUUCCGGUAUCAACAUGGCUAGACCCACAGUUAGUCAUACAAAAGUGUUGUUGUAUAUCGAUAACGUUUUGACAUCAUUACGUCUAGACGCCCGGCCCCCAAUGCUUUAGAAUUGCAAAUUUUGCUUACUUAGUACUUACAAUAUUUUUAUUUGUAAAAUUUAAAAAAGAAUCGUAGAAUAUUUAGUCAGUCAAAUAGUUUACUACCUUUGUAAGAUGAUAAUAAUUCUUAAUAGAUAAUUUUAUAUGGAAUUUAGUUAGGACAUUAAACCUAUUUUUUACUGUAUGAUUAUUACUAGAGUGGAUUCAGAUCUUAUUUUGAAAACAUAUUUGCCACUAGUAUGGAAAGUAGUUAGUUGUUCAGAUUAAGUGUAUGCAAGUGCACUUUUUAACAUGACUGAAAAUAAGUGCUUGCCAUUACUGUUGAUAAGCACUAGUGAUUUCAACUGUGUUGAGAAAUUUUUAGCAGAUCUAGUGGAAGAAAACCAGCCUGCUAAGGGAAUCGCGACAAACGAAAGCCGCGUGUGGCGCAUACAGAACAAGUACUACCGUGCCCAAGUUCAUCUGCUCGUCUGGCCAGAUGGAGUGCCAUCGCCGCCACACAUCGGCGGCCGUUUCGAAGCGCACGUCAUCUACUUGCGCGCAGAUGAGGGCGAGGAGGAGGCCGAGAGGCGUGCGACGGCUGCGGAUGCCGUAGGAGGACGACCGCACGUCCGCCUGGCUGUCUUCGAGGGGCCUGAGACCGACGGUCUGGUCGCCUGGGGUCUGCGCCGCCGCUUCGAACUCGUCCCCAUGACGCCCAACCCUGAGUCAGACGAUGAGUGCGGAGCGGACAGGGCGCGAGCCGCGCUGCACGCGCACAUGUGGCCCGGCCUCGAGCGAGUGGACGCACUUGCAACUUACCGACCGCCGGAUUCGCUCUCGGGGAGCGGCGACGAGGACGAGGGCGAAGAGGCGUGGGGCGAGUGGGAGGCGUGGGAAGUGGUCGGGGCGGCGCGGGAAGGCCGCGGGGCUCUCGGAGCCGAGCCGGACGCCGAGCGGCGGCUGAGAGCGGAGACGCUGCUGCAGGCCUUUCUGGCCACGUUCCGGCCUCGCGCUCCUUGAUGGGAAAGACGAGCUUUGUCUUGUGAGCCCACUAUUCUAUACAAGGAGACAGGAGAGCAUAGGGGGACAAUAAGUCGAGUCAAGUGGGUGCCUAAUAAAAGUAAAUCACAA